AUGAGUAACCGCAAAAGCACAGCUGCUAGUCUAUUGUUACGACAAUAUAGGGAGCUGACAGAUCCAAAGAAGUCUAUACCUUCUUUUCAUAUUAAUCUAGAAGAUGAUUCGAAUAUUUUUGUUUGGAAUAUUGGUGUUAUGGUGUUAAAUGAGGAGUCUAUUUAUCAUGGUGGUUAUUUCAAAGCUCAAAUGAGAUUCCCGGAUGACUUCCCAUUUUCUCCUCCACAGUUUAGAUUCACCCCUGCUAUUUAUCAUCCAAAUGUUUAUAGGGACGGUAGGCUAUGUAUUUCCAUUCUUCAUCAAUCUGGUGACCCAAUGACAGAUGAACUAGAUGCAGAAACGUGGUCCCCGGUGCAAUCCGUUGAGAGUGUUUUGAUCUCGAUCGUUUCUUUGUUGGAAGAUCCAAAUAUUUCUUCCCCUGCAAAUGUCGAUGCAGCUGUCGAUUAUAGAAAGAAUCCGGAACAAUACAAGCAAAGAAUCAAAAUGGAGGUUGAAAGAUCAAAACAAGAUAUUCCAAAAGGUUUUGUUAUGCCGGUCAGUGGCAAUCUCGCUUAUAUCUCAGUUAAUAAUCUUUCAGGUUAUAAUACUUCUAAUGGAAACUUGAAUAUAAAUACCACAACAAACCAACAACAGCAAAAGCAAAAGCAGCAGCAGCAAUCAUCCAACAACAAUGAGAAUAUAUCCAAUAAUCAAAACCAUAAUGGAAAUCAAAUUCAAAACAAUAGCACACUCGUAAGUCAUGAUAGCAUUAAUACACCAGGUGACCAAGAUAACCGUCUCAGUAACAGUGAUAAUAAUGGUAAUAACAGCAUAUACAACAGCAUAAACACAAUUCAUAAUUCUAACUCAACUUCGGUUCAAGGAAAUAUUGCAAAUAUUACACAUAAUUUGGCUGAUAAUUUUUGGUAUGAUAGUGAUUUAGAUGAAGAUGAUAAUGUGGAUGUAGAUAACAACAUGGGAGGUGAUGAUGACAUUUAUGGUGACGAUAUCAAUGACGGCACUUAUAAUAACAGUACUACUGAUAAUGAUAAACGAAAUCAAGAAGCCUUGAUAUAUGGAAAGGAGAAUGAUGAUAUUUACAACUAUAAAGGUAAUUUUGAAGAUGAUGAAGAUGAAGACAUCGGCUAUUACAAUGAUAAUGACGAUGAAGAUGAUAGUGUUGAUAAUGAAAGUGUCAUGGAUAGAAAGCAACCAAAAACACAGACGCAGAUUUGGAAGAAGAACAAAAAAUUGUCCAAUGAAUAUAAUGCCCAUCAAUGGCGUCGAUAUCGACUUUUCGUUAUCAAAAUUAAUCGCUUUGUUUUUUAA